UCCCAUUCCCAAUUCCUAUUGACUUGGAAAUCCGAAGUCGCGUCCACGUGAGACCACCACACUUGCUCUGAUCACUUUGUGUUGAAAGUGCAUGAAAAUGGCACUUCGCAGCUUUACGCCUUGAAACAAAUCCUCACUCUCUCUCUCUCUCUGCAAACCGAAGCAGCAGGAAAUGGACGCUUUCACGAACCUGAUCUGCCCUAAUUCUCCCUCCAUAUGGGACGGAAAUGGACUUUCCAAGUGCUACGGCAACAUUCUGUUAGCUUUUGGUCCUAAUGUAGUCACUCUUGCUGUGAUUUUCGUACUCCGAAUCACUCCAAGGACCGGCACAAGAACCUGGAGGAUGAACUUUUCCGAGAGGUUUUUCCUGCACGUGCUUCCUGCCGUCGGAGCUUGUUUAGCAUUUUUCGACAUUGCUUUACUUUUAAAGAAAGAUCGUGAUGGUGUCUUUGUCGCAAAACAUGAAUGGUUGUUCAGAUGUUCCCAGUUUGCUGUCUGGACAGUUGUCAUACUCUUCUCAAGGUGUUUCAAUGCUUGCCAUAUUUUUGGCAAUCGCAUCUUGUGUUUCUGGUGGCUUGUGAAAAUGCUUUUGGCAACACUUCAUUUGUUCAGAACAUAUCCCUCAUUCAAGGUCUUGUUAUCUCUUAAGGAGAUUUGUACUGUUUCAUUGGACGUCAUUUUUGGUAUAUCAAUUAACAUCAUCAGAAUGAAGAGGGCAUCAUCCAACAGAAGUUCAAUGGAAGAUUCACUACUUUCUGCUGACAUGGACCUCGAGGAAGGUUCUCUCAAGGACUCUGGCGACAAUCAGAGCUAUUUCAAUCUUAUGACAUUCAGAUCGAUCACUUCUGUGAUGAGUCAUGGUGUCACAAAGCAGCUUGAAUUUGAAGAUUUGCUUCAACUUCCCACUGAUAUGGACCCUUGUUCCUGUCAUGAUGCAUUAUUUAGCUGUUGGAAAUCCCAACAGAGUAGUUGCCCUGAUCCAUCCCUGUUUAGGGCAAUCUGUUCUGCAUAUGGAUGGCCAUACGUUCGUCUGGGCUUGUUAAAGGUACUUAAUGAUUCUGUUGGUUUUGCUGGACCGUUGCUUCUCAAUAAGCUAAUUCGCUUCCUUCAACAAGGUUCGCAGAAUUUGGAUGGCUAUGUUCUUGCAGUAUCCUUGGGCCUCAUAUCUAUCUUUAAAUCGUUUUUGGAUACACAAUAUACUUUUCAUCUUUCAAAAUUGAAGUUAAAGCUACGAUCUAGUAUCAUGACAGUUAUAUAUCAGAAGUGCCUCUGUGUCAACCUAGCAGAGCGAUCAAAGUUUACCGAGGGGGAAAUUCAGACAUUCAUGGCCAUAGAUUCUGAUCGCAUUGUCAACUUAAGUAACAGUGUCCAUGAUAUGUGGAGCUUGCCUUUACAAAUUGGGCUGGCUUUGUUCCUUUUGUAUACACAAGUCAAAUUUGCAUUUGUUUCUGGGCUUGCAAUUACCAUUGCAUUAAUACCAGUGAAUAAAUGGAUAUCUACAUUGAUUGCAAGAGCUACAGUGAAAAUGAUGAAGCAGAAGGAUGAGAGGAUCAGAAGGACGGGGGAACUUUUGACAUAUAUCCGCACUUUGAAAAUGUAUGGUUGGGAGCUCCUGUUUUCUAGCUGGUUGAUGGAGACAAGAUUAUCAGAAGUUAUGCACUUAACUACACGGAAGUACUUGGAUGCCUGGUGUGUAUUUUUUUGGGCCACGACACCAACUCUUUUUUCUCUUUGUACAUUUGGACUUUUCACAUUGAUGGGGCAUCAACUUGAUGCUGCAACGGUCUUCACUUGUGUUGCUCUGUUUAAUACUUUGAUAUCUCCUCUAAACUCAUUUCCGUGGGUCAUUAAUGGGUUAAUUGAUGCUGUCAUAUCUGUCAGACGGUUGAGCAGGUUCCUGUCUUGCUCUGAGCGCAAGUCAAAGCUGGAAAAGACAGCCGAUGCGUCUUCACCAUAUUUCUCCAAUGAUCAGUGUGAAUUUACCUUUGAAGAUAUGGCUGUUGUGUUUGAUGAUUCAUCUUGUUCCUGGUCAAGCAGCGACGAAAAGGAAUUGAAUUUGGUGCUGAAUCAUGUAACUCUAGGUAUUCCAAAGGGUUCCUUCAUUGCAGUAAUUGGAGAGGUUGGUUCAGGUAAAUCAUCAUUGUUGAAUUCCAUAUUGGGGGAAAUGCAACUUGUCCAUGGAUCAGUAUAUUCUUGUGGAUCUAUAGCAUAUGUACCACAGGUCCCAUGGAUUCUGUCUGGAACAAUCCGUGACAAUAUACUGUUUGGAAAGCAAUACGAUCCCAAAAGAUACACGGAUACUUUAGAGGCAAGUGCUUUAGAUGUUGAUAUUUCAAUAAUGGUUGGAGGUGACAUGGCUUAUAUUGGAGAAAAAGGAGUCAACUUGUCAGGUGGACAGAGAGCUCGAAUUGCUCUGGCAAGGGCUAUUUAUAAUGGCUCCGAUAUGUUUAUUCUUGAUGAUGUCCUCAGCGCAGUUGAUGCAAGAGUUGCUCGUUGUAUUUUAUACAAUGCAAUUUUGGGUCCACUAAUGAAAAAGCAAACUCGUGUGCUUUGUACACAUAACGUUCAGGCAAUAUCUUCUGCUGAUACAAUUGUCGUUAUGGAAAAAGGACAUGUAAAGUGGGUGGGACCUUCUGCUUGUUUGCCAGCUUCUUCAUAUUCAGCAUUCUCUCCACUGAAUGAAUUUGAUAAAUUCUUACUGAAUGAAGGAAAAGAGUGCAAUGUAGCUGCAGAUUCUCUCACAAAAGACCAACAAAACCUUCCCUUAGAGAAAGAUAUUGUGCCUGCUGCAGAGGGAAGACAAGAUAUUAUUGAAGUUGAGGCGCGGAAAGAGGGAAAAGUAGAACUUUCUGUCUACAAGAAUUAUGCUACGUUUACUGGUUGGUUCAUUUCUGUUGUAAUAUUUCUAUCAGCAAUCCUAAUGCAAGCUUCUCGUAAUGGAAAUGAUCUGUGGCUGUCAUAUUGGGUUGAUACAACAGGAAAUAGUCAGAAAGGAUACUCUACAUCCUUUUAUCUGGUUAUACUGUGCAUCUUUUGUACUGCAAAUUCAGUUCUUACAUUAGUGAGGGCCUUCUCAUUUGCAUAUGGUGGCUUACAAGCUGCAGUUAAGGUGCAUGAUACACUGCUGAAAAGGCUUAUCAAUGCACCUGUUCAAUUCUUUGAUCAGACACCAGGUGGAAGGAUACUAAACAGGCUAUCUUCAGAUCUAUACACAAUUGAUGAUUCUCUUCCCUUCAUUCUCAACAUUCUCCUAGCCAAUUUCGUUGGUCUUCUGGGAAUUGCAAUAGUUUUGUCAUAUGUUCAGGUCUUCUUCUUGCUUUUGCUAUUGCCGUUUUGGUAUAUCUACACCAAACUUCAGUUCUUCUACAGGUCAACAUCUCGAGAAUUGCGAAGGCUGGACAGUGUGUCUCGGUCUCCCAUAUAUACAUCCUUCACGGAGACACUUGACGGAUCAUCAACUAUACGGGCAUUCAAGUCUGAGGACUUCUUUUUGGCCAGAUUCACUGACCAGGUGAAAUUGUAUCAACAGACUUCCUACACAGAGUUAAAUGCAAGUUUGUGGCUUUCCCUACGUCUUCAGUUGUUAGCAGCAUUUAUCAUCUCAUUUGUUGCUAUUAUGGCUGUUCUUGGAUCUCAUGGUGGAUUACCAAUCGGUUUCAGUACCCCAGGGCUGGUUGGUUUGGCUCUAUCUUAUGCAGCUCCGGUUGUAAAUUUACUGGGAAGCUUUUUGACAAGUUUCACUGAAACAGAGAAGGAAAUGGUUUCCAUUGAAAGAGCUCUUGAGUAUAUGGAGGUUCCUCAAGAAGAAGUUGAUGGACUUCAAUCUUUAAACUGCAAUUGGCCAUUUCAAGGACGGAUUGAAUUCCAAAACGUUACCUUGAGAUACAAGCCAUCUUUUCCAGCUGCACUUUGUGAUAUUAGUUUUACUAUUGACGGAGGGAUGCAGGUUGGUAUUGUUGGAAGGACAGGAGCUGGAAAAUCUAGUGUUUUGAAUGCCCUUUUCCGCCUCACACCAAUAUGCACAGGAUGUAUUCUUGUGGAUGAUAUAAACAUAGCUAAUGCUCCUAUCAGGGAUCUUCGUGGGCAUUUCUCUGUUGUUCCUCAGACUCCAUUUUUAUUUGAAGGAUCAUUAAGGGACAAUCUGGAUCCAUUCAGGCUGAGUGAUGACUAUAAAAUUUGGAAGGCUUUGGAGAGGUGCCAUGUCAAGGAGGAAGUAGAAGCAGCAGGAGGUUUAGAUAUUCACCUAAGCGAAUCUAGGAUGUCAUUUUCUGUAGGGCAACGGCAGCUUCUUUGCCUUGCACGUGCACUUCUCAAAUCUUCAAAGGUCCUUUGUCUGGAUGAAUGCACCGCUAAUGUGGACACUCAAACAGCAUCUACCUUACAAAAAACCAUAUCUAGUGAAUGCAGUGGCAUGACAGUUAUCACAAUUGCUCAUCGUAUUUCCACCGUUUUGAAUAUGGAUAAUGUCCUGAUCCUCGACCAUGGUAUCCUGGUUGAACAAGGAAAUCCGCAGGCUCUCCUACAAAAUGAGUUCUCCAGAUUUUCCAGUUUUGCUAAAGCAUCUACAAUGUGAUUACCCAAGUACUGCUGUUCUCAUUGCUGAGUUCUUGCAAUCAGCUGGUUUGACCUACAAUAGAAGCUAUAUUAUUGUAAGUUAGUACCUUCUUAAUCCUCAACGUGAGUUAGGAAUCAAUCAAUUGUCACUGUUAAAUAUAGCUAAGUUACUAUGAAGAUUAGCAUCAUCUGAUGAAUGAAUCUGUAAGUGACUUCUUGUUAACUGCUUCUGAAGCUGAAGGUACAAAACUAGCUGUAACCCUUUUUUAUUUUAGUAAAAAUGAUGACUUUAGGGAAAUGAAAUUCACUCCUCAUUUUACAAUCCGCACUCCAUGUUUCAUUUUUUAGUAUCUUAAGUUUUGUCUUUUUAUAGUGUGGAUUGUAAAAAUGUGAUGUUAAUGUACUAAAAAAAAACAUGGAGUGUGAAUUGUAAAAUGGGGAGUCUGAAUUUCACUCCCCUAACUUUAUUA